AUGGGUCUUCAAAAAGAGCAGACGGUGUUGGGUGCGUUCAUGUCAGCAUUGUCAAAGGAUCUUAAGGACAAGUCAACAAGAGAAGAGGAACUAAGAACCGUCCUGGAGCAAAUUUUGCCUGUCCUGGUUCCAGCAAUCAUACACUUGCUUAAAACUUUGGAGGCGCAUGGUGAGCGGAAUGAUGAUGCCGAAGGCAACGACACUAUGAUUUGUCCGUUGAAUCACAUUGCUCGCUUUAUGCUUCGCUGCAAUCUACGUUUUAACGAGUCAGAAUGCUGCGUAAACCUUCAGAAGAAGCAGCAACCGUCGAUAUAA